AUGUUAUGGGAAAUGUUAGGAAAAUUAUGUGUGCAACUGACUAACAAGCAACUUCAAAUAAAUAUUUUCCAUGCUGAUUUCGAAAAAGCCGCUCAUAAUGCUGUAUUACAAAAGUUUCCAAAUUGUAAAUUAAUUUGUUGUAAUUUCCAUCUCGGGCAAAGUUGGUAUCGACAUAUCCAACAAAAUAAACCACUAUUAAACGAAUAUUUAAACAAUUCAUCAGAAAUCGGUGCAUGGCUUAAGUGUUUUUUCGGUUUAAGUUAUUUACCACCAGAUGAAAUCUCGGACGGCUUUACGGACUUGCUAUCAAUUGCACCUACGACUAUGUUUACGCAAUUCACAGAUUAUAUUCUAGAAAAUUAUAUUUUGAUUGACUCAGAUUUCCCUCCAGUUAUGUGGGCAAGUGCACCAAGUAAUAAUAAUCCAAGGACAACAAAUGGCGUAGAAAGUUUUCAUCGUCAUUACAAUAGUCAAUUUUACUCGCCACAUCCAAAUAUUUACCUAGUUAUAGACACAAUAUUACAAAUUCAAUCAGAAUCAGAUUUAAAAUUAAACUCAAUAAAGAAAAUUUUUAGUUUAGAAAAUACAUCUACUGCUUUGUCUAAAUCUAUUUUGUUAGCAUCUUCUUUUUCUACCGCUAUGACCAUUAAAUCGCUUAAUCGUUUGUCACCCAUUGAAGAUCUAAGAUAA